AUAUUGGUGUGGAAUUAUUAUGUACAUUAUGGGAGAAACGGACAACUUAUAAAUCUUAUACCAGGACCACCAGGUUAUCCAAUUGCUGGAAAUUUAUUGCAGUUUCUCGGUUCACUAGAAAAACAAUGGAAGUUUCUGACUACUCAUACUAACCAGUACUAUCCCAUUUUAAAAAUUUGGGCAUUCUCUUUGCCCGUUGUCUCCAUACGUCAUCCAGAUGACCUCCAGACAAUACUAAGCAGCACGAAACACAUCGAAAAGGAACUGAUUUUUAAUGUUCUGCAACCUUUGUUCGGUACUGGUCUUGUCACUAGUGCAGGCGACAAGUGGCAUUCACGACGAAAAUUGUUAACUCCUACAUUUAAUUUUAACAUAUUGCAACAGUUUGUUAAGGUAUUCAUCGAGGAAGGCGAAAAAAUGACAAAGUCCUUGAAAAAAACAGAAGGCAUAGUUGUAAAAGAUUUAAUUCCGUUCCUUAAUGAACAUACAUUAAAUGCAAUAUGUGAAACUGCCAUGGGUAUUUCAGUACAAGAUCUUGGUGCAUUCCAGCAACGGUAUAAGAAAGCGUUUCUUCGCAUAAGUGAACUUGCUAGUUAUAGAUUAAUAAGACCAUGGUUACACUCCGAUUGGAUAUUCUCGUUAACGCCAGAAGGUAGAGAGCAAACCGAGGUUCUGAAGAUAUUACAUGAAGUUACCGAAAAACAAGUCAUACCUAGUCUAACCUGA